AUGGCCGAAGGCGACGCCACCAUGUGGAAACUCGACGAAGGGCCCUUCCACUGCUCCCCGGGUGCCCCAGUCCAAGCCGACGCGUCCUCCCCACAACUGAUAGUUCCGUUUUGCGGGCACAUCAACGGCGGCAUGCGACCAGGCAAGAAGGUCUUAGUGAUGGGCAUCGUGGAUCUCAACCCGGAAAGCUUUGCCAUCAGCUUGACCUGCGGGGACUCGGAAGACCCUCCUGCCGACGUGGCCAUGGAACUCAAGGCCGUGUUCCCAGGCCGGCGGGUCCUGCGAAACUCGUGUGUGGCAGGAGAAAGGGGCCAAGAGCAGUCAGCCAUCCCGUACUUCCCGUUCAUUUCAGACCAGCCGUUCAGGGUGGAGAUUCUCUGCGAGCACCCGUGUUUCCGAGUGUUGGUGGAUGGGCGCCAACUGUUCGAUUUUUACCACCGUAUUCAAACACUGUCUGCCAUCAACACCAUCAAGAUCAGUGGGGACCUCCAGAUCACCAAACUCGGCUGA